UUGCUUUGUUCUGUGUUCUGUGACUGUGAUGAAGAUUUUUGAAAAGAAAAACACAUAUAAUAUAAUCAAAAUAUUUAUUAACAAAAUAUAUUAAGAGAGAACAAAUACAAAUCUAUCAAAUUUUAAUAGAUUUAUUUGCUUUUGAAAAUGCACUCAAGAGAGGUUAACUGAAAUAUGAAAAGCAUCCAUUGUAAUGAAUAAACAGUAAACAGUAUUUCGCCGGUGUGCACAUUUAAAAUGGACGAAGAAGAUGAAUACAAUGAAAACAAUAUGACGUUACUUAACAUGAUAACUUUAUGCGGAGAAUCAACUCUUUACGAAGGACUACGAUUUGCUAAAGAUUUGAUUUUGGCUAAUUUGUGUCUUCGUAUCAUUAUUCAGUAUGUACCUAUGCCUCACAACGUCCGGCACAGUUUGUCUCUCAUUAUCGGCAGUUUUCUUUUGUAUUUUAACAUAGGAUCCAAUUUCAUUUGGACAAUUGGACUUACCAUAGGCGCCUACGUAUCCAUUAUAACUGUAUCUGUUGUAACAAAAAAAUGGAGAGGAUUUUAUGUUUCAGUGUGUGUAAUUUUGUUUUUAAUACUGUGUGAGAUAUUUGUAUUGAAUCCAAUAAUGUGGCAGCAAAUAAGAGGCAUCCAAAUGGUAGCAGCAAUGAAGAUUAUAUCUGUAGCUAUUGAGCUUGAUCGAGAUUUGUUUAAACAAAUGUUAAACCCCAUUGAAUUUGGAGGGUAUGUACUCUGUCCAGCUAAUUGUAUCCUGGGGCCGUGGAUAUCAUUUCACACUUACAGCCACUAUCUGGAAGUCAAAUUUCUAUGUAGCAGAUGGAUUGUGAUAAUCUUGAAGAACCUUGUAAUGUCUAUGGGAUUCUUGCUUUUAUCUAAUUGUUUUGUGCCUGGGUAUAUAGAUGAAAGCGCAACUAAAUGGUUAGUUGCCUAUCGUGAUGCUCAAGCGUUUCGCAUGUCUCACUACUUUGUUUCAAGUAUGUCAGUUGUAUCUAUGAUAAGUGCUGGGUUUGGGCUAACAAACGAUUGCCAUUCUGAGCUAUUAGUAACACGGCCAAUGAUUAUUGAGUUGCCCCGCUCGCUUGUUCAGGUUGUAAUUUAUUGGAAUAUGCCAAUGCAUCAGUGGUUAAAGACUUAUGUGUUUAAGACCUGCCAACCGUAUGGUCAAUUUAUAUCAAUUCUUACCACCUAUGCAGUGUCAUCUUUGCUACAUGGUUUCAACUUUCAAUUUUCAGCUGUUCUACUCAGUAUAGGAACAUUUUCAUAUGUAGAAUAUAAUUUUCGAUACAAAGUGGCAUCUGCUUUGGAAGUGUGCUGUUUAGCUAAUCCUUGUCUGAAGCAAUGUGAGCAUAAAUACAAGAAGAACAGCUUUCUAGCAGUUUUUGUGAACACUGUCUUUUCUCUAAUUACUGCCAUCCAUUUGGCUUAUUUAGGUGUAAUGUUUGAGGCAUCCUUUUCAGUGCAAGAAUCUGGUUAUUCUUAUUACCAUAUUACUAGUAAGUGGGAAAAUCUCAAUUACUUUAGCCACGGCCUUGCUGCUUUUAUGUAUGUGAUAUACUUAAUGAUGUGAUUCUCUAUUUUUAAUUAAAUAACUUAUAAAUUAUGAAAUUGAUCUCAUGAAAUAAAUUUUGGUCCCUUGUAUUGUAUAAUUUUAUAUUAUUCAUAUUGACAUUUGCACAAAUGCAUUUAUUUAUCUAUUUUGCUUAUAUUAUGUUUACCAGUUGUAAUAUGUAUAUGUCACUGUAUGUAAAUACUGUUAGAUUAUAAGUAAUCUAUCUCACAAGAUUGUAAACUGUUGAAAGAUUGUGAAGCGCAACAUACUGCAUACAAUUUAAUGCAUUAUUAUUAGAUAGAUUGUAAGGAACAACACACAAAUAAAAAAAUACAUUACCUAACCAUUUGUUUCUGAACUAUUCAAAUUACAGUUCUCAAUCACAAUAUUUUGACAGUUCACCAUUUCGAGAGAUAGAUCUAGAAUCUAAUGUUAUUUACAUUUAUGUUAUGUAGUAUAUAUAUACAAAACAUAUAUAUACGGCUGCUAUUUUGAGAAUAAUUUAUAAUAGUCAUAGUCAGUAUACAGUGCCAUAUUUUUUAAAGGGUGCCAUGUUUUGAUUUUGUAAUUGGGGCAAAUUUAAAGUGUGUAUGGUGUAAUAAUAUGUGAAUUUGCAUUUGAACUAAGAACUACAUUUUAACAUGAUUGUAAACUAUUGCAGUAAAUAAUAGCUGUAAGUAGCUUUGUUUUAUAUGAUGGUGCCUGUUUGCAUUACUCAGAUUUAUUUUAUAAUAUAUUAAAUAUAAUUGAUUACUAAUAAUUUCAAUCAUGUUCAACAAAUUAAUUUUUUAUAUAAUUUAAUUCACUUUAUUAUACUUAUGGGAAUCUCAGUAAGCUAAGUCUUCUUUUACAAUAUACUUCUAUACUUUUGGUUUAUCUAUGGUAUGACCUUUAUAAACUUUUAAAUGUAAAAUGUGGAACAAGCUUAGCAUUGCACAAAUGUAAUGGCAUUUAAUGCACAUAUUUAUACUGUAAGUAGGUGAUUAUCAUAUAUUAAUUAGGUGCCUAUGUUUUAUUAAUAAUGAAUUUUUUAUACAAUUUAUGUAAAGAUAAGCAGUUACUUAUAUUGUCAUUUAUGCAUUGCAAGACUAUCAGGUAACAAAACAUUACCCUUCCUUUUAGCUUUGCCAUAGUAGGGUAAAAAUAAAAUUGAAAACUGAAAAUUUUAUUCAAAAUAUACAUACUCUUGCUAGUUUCAAUGCUCAAACUCUUUAAUUCAAAUACAUAAUAUUAUGUUAAAUUGGUGUUUGAUAUCCAGGUAGCCAUUUAACAUACUAAUUAUUUAUUAACACUGUAAAAUAUAGCACAAAUAUCUUAAAGUGUAAUGUAACAGUAUUAUCAAUAUUAAAUAAGCACAAUAAAUUUAGAGAUUUUACAAAACCUUGAAUAAUAAGUUAUUAUUUACACUUUCAAUACAGUAAUAUAAUAAUUCUACAUGGUAUUUAAACUCUUUUUAAUAGGUACGGUACACUCAUGUAGUUAUUAUAGCCAACACUUUCUACUAUGUAAAGUUACUCUCGAACUGCCAAAUUGAAGAAAUAAAUUUUCAAACUGAAUUUGAGUAUUCUUAUUACCCCA